CCCUGCGCCAACCUCCCAUUCGCCGCCGCCGCCGCCGCCGCCAAUAUCCUCCAUCUUCUAUCCUCUUUCCCAAGGCGCACCCUCUAAUACCAAUCGUUACCUUCUACUCUGACACAUAUUACGUCGCUUUUUCUUUCAUUCUUGUCCCACCUGUGACGUCCACACGUCGUCCACAUAUCGCAUCGCUUACAUCAUCCAUUGUGUCGGGAACACAUACUUCAACCGAACCCUAUUCUUUUGCCAUGCCGGUGCAACUACUACCGGCCUCUGCCCAGGCCUUUGCGCCUCGAUCAGGUCCAGAGAUCGUUCUCAACGCCAAGGUUGAGCCGUGGUUGACCCAAACGUUGAAGCGCGUCAACAAAGUCAAGCGUCCUCUCAAUAGCGUUCCACAGCAUCACAGAUGUCUUACCGAGACAUUAGGUGGUUCUCUUGCCAUGUGGACGCUCGCAUCACUCAUGCUUCCAAAGGCCCCCGACUCCGAGCUUCGCAGGGACUCAAAUCCUCUUGUCGAAGCAUUGUUCAAUCAUCAACUCAUUCACAUCGAAGCAUAUGUCGUACAUGUCGAUAUGGUUUCGCAGCAUGAAGUGGCAUUCAAGCUCACACCAGAGACGAUCGAAUGCUUAGUCGAGUACCACAAGGACAUCUACUCAAUCGACGCCUCCGCAAGUACCUGGAGUUGGCCCGAGAAGGAAGCGCAAGUCAAGAAGAUGCACGAGGAAUUCGUUCAGGCCGCGAACAGAUUCGUCUUCGGAACGUCUGUCCGUGCGCUGGAAGGAAUGGAGGAGGACGGUGCCGGCGAGCUGCUCGAAGGUCGAUCCGAAGACGUGAAGAAUGCGAUCAUGAACUUGUUUGUCCCACUUCUUCCACCACCACCGAGGAUCGUCGAUGUCAUUCACCCAGCGCCAAUCAUGCCCAACACAUCGAUGCCAGGCAGCUGGUGGGCACCAGCACCACCUCAGCUUCAGCUUGCAUCGAGUCACCCAGCUCCAGUCGACUCCUGGAAGGUCCUCCCAUCGACGCCUUCGCCAACCGUAACAACAUGCAGUGACAAUCAGUCCAACACAUUCUGGCAUGACAUGUCAAUGAGCAACGUGCAGCUACCCUCCCCAACCCCAUCCUUCAGUCAGCCAUACACAUCGGCACCAUCGCAAUACUACAGCUCACCGCAAAGCAUUGCUCCAGUACCGGUAUCGAGCAGCAUGCCGUACCACUGCGGCUCUGACAUCGGCAUGGCCGGCUUCAACGACUUCGGCUGGAGUUCGCACGGCGCUUUCAGCACCCAGUACGCAACCGCCGUAUGAUGAGCCCAUCCCCAGCGAUGCGCGUAGCUCCACCCCCUCCUCUCCUGUCGUGCGUUUCUUUCUCCGGUGUUCUGGCCAAACCCGGUAGACUCUUUUCCAACCACUCUGGAUCUCCCCCAUUCCUAGGAUUCGAAGACACAAGACCUGAAUUGCGCACAGGUAAUUCUUCCCGACAUACAUGCGACCACGACUUCUAUACAAUAAUGUGAUGCAAUGCCAAAGCGAUACCCCCCGAUGUUGAUCAUCACGCAACAUCUGAUAUCACAACCAAGGAGAACAAGUAACCUCAUCAUAUGGACGGCGUUCUGUUUUGACAUUAGCGAGCGAGCGGACUGUCUUCCCCCUUUUUUUUUUCUUUUUCUGGAUUCUGGAACUUUGUAACGAGGUUGAUGUCUGCAUUGCAUCAUCCCUGGGAGGCAUGCACUGCACAAAAGAGGGUUUAUCAAAGAGGGCCUCACGGUCACAGUUCGCGAAGAUGAAUAUGGGGAACAACUUUUUUUUGACGUUUAUGGGUGGAUGACUUUUGCUUUUUGCAUGCGAGCGAGCGAGCGAGCGAUCUGGAUUUGGAGGCUGGGUAUAGACUACCCAGCGCGAACGCGUACACGCCUUUUACGAUCAUCUGGAAUGACUCACUCAACAACACCUUUCGCUUCUGGAAAAUCUUUUUUAAUGCCCUGCGCGAAAGAGCUGGUAUCAGGAGAAGGUGUUUUACAUGCCAUUUGUCCCCGAAGCCCAUCGUACACUCCGGUCUCGGGCCAUCAUCACCCAGACAGCGGAUACGAUGAGGGGAUGAAGGACAUUUGGCACGGGGCCUCUUUUUCUUUCUGAUUUUCCCAAACUCUUCUUGCGACGGCGAUGGACUUGAUCCUGGUUUUUGAUCAACUGGUUGCGCCAUUCGACCGACGAGGCAAACAACAAACUUUUUUUUUCUCUCUCCAAUUGAGCGCUGGAGCGUUUGAUACUGUCUCCGCCUCGAAUUAAUAUGACUUCUUUCCACACCACACCUACAACGACAACAACCAUCCAUCAUCGCCAUCCUGGACGAACCCCGAGAUUACCUGAGCAUUCAUCACUUGCUCUGCAAACCAUACCUAUACUGUGUAUACGGAUGGGAUUUCCGAAGCUUUGUUUCCGAACGCGAGUCGGGAGGAGGUAGACGCUGCUUCGAGUGGGUUUUUUUUUUCGUUCAAAAGAUGUUUGACGGGUUGGCUUUGGGGUCGCCUUCACUGGCCGUACCCGGUGUUUAUGGAAAAGGUCAGAACAAUAGUGUUUCAUCCUACUAUUUCUCAUCUUGCUGCUGGUCAGGUUGGAGAAAGUCCUGUUGGCGCUUGAUGCGCCGGACAAAAGGAUGCGUUUUCUUCCCGUCCCGUAGAAUUGCGGAGGAAGGAAAUGGCCUGUGGCUAGUUAUAUUGUCAUCGUGGAUUGGAUAUUCUUUCCGUAGUAACAAUGUACAAGGAAGACUUGUGUAUUGGCA